GGCCCAUACAUUAUCACUUCUCGAAACCCAAUCCAAACAUCAAAUCUUUUUUCUUUAGAAUAAUUAAAGCUCGAAAUUGAUAAUCGCGUUCCGGCCAGCGUACAAACUAUGCUGCGGAAAGUACUCCUCGCGCCGCCCUCAAAUUUAACGGCAGCCGUUAACCUCUUAAGUUUCAGCCGUCGCUCCGACUCAGCUCUCCACUGCAGUAUUAGGCGUUUCUCCUCCGAUUCGCCGACGCAAACCCGAGUCACUGAGUUGCCUCGAGUCGACGCACUUGUAGACGGCUGCGACUACAAGCACUGGCUCGUGGUCAUGCAACCACCUGAUAACUACCCUCAAAGAGAAGAAAUCAUUCAUCAGUACGUCGCCACUUUGGCCGUGGCUCUUGGGAGUGAGAAGGCGGCAAAGGAAUCUAUAUAUUCGGUUUCUACAAAGUAUUACUAUGCAUUCAGCUGCAAACUUGAAGAAAAUGUGACUCACAAGAUCACUUGCCUUCCCCGUGUGAAGUGGAUUCUGCCGGAUUCUUACUUGUGCGAUGAAGAAGAUGGCUAUGGAGGGGAGCCGUUUAUUGAUGGAAAGGUUGUUCCUUACGAAGAAAAAUACCACACUGACUGGCUGCGUGAUGCUCAUGUGGGGGAAGAUAUGGAUAGACCUCGCUCAAGGAAACCCCGAAGAAGAAGAAGAAGAACCAAAGGGAAUGAAGAGUAAAGACUACUUACUAAAUGAAAUUCACUAAAGAUUUUCCUUUGAUCUAUUUGAGAGUUAUCCAAACUUGAGCGAUGAUCACGAGCCGUUGAUUGGACUUGAAGUUUUGCAGACGCCGCCAUCUCCAUGGUAGGAAAAUUUGUUUUCUUCUUGGUUCCGUUUGAGGUGAUCAACAAUGGACAUAAUCUUGCUUUGUCAGAAGUGUGCACUGACAAUCUCCCCCUAAGGUACCUGCUACCGUUGUGUAUGGGAUGUUUUUAGAAGGCGUGCAGACGAGCUUCUCGCCUCGUUGAUGACAGUGGGCUCGUGGUCUUUGCACUGUGGGCGCCAAAAAUCAAGGUGUUUCAGCAGAUUGCUUUUUCUUCUCGUCAUAUUCUUGCUGCUGAAGAAGAUAUGCAAGUACCUUCUUAGUUGUGACGAGGAGAAAUCUGCAGCAUACUUUUGUGUGUUUUUUAUGACAUUGGCUUGUGAUUACUCAAAUCUGCCAAUCUAAUGAUUGGAAUGGAAGCGUCUUAUUAAUUGAGCUAUGCUUUAUUUUCUUACCAA